AAUCUUUAUUGUUUUUGUUAGAAUUAUUAAUUUGCUAUGCCCGUGCUUUCUUAUUGCAAAGCCUUCAAAGCUCUUCCCUCUUUCUUUUCUUUUCCAGCCCCCACACCCAGAACAAAGCCUUCUCCCAGCCCCACAACCAGAACAACACCAACCGCCUCACCCUCCACAACUACUAAAACCACUGUGUCCACAGAGUCGUCCACGGCCAGCACGCCAAAGACAACCCCAACCCCCACAACACCCAAACCCACCACCAGGACCACAUCUCCCUCCACCACAUCGACCUCUCACCCUACCACUCCAACCACCCCCACCACAACCUCCACCAAAUCUACUCCAACAAGCACGCACACCCCAACUACCACAAUAUCGCCCAUCACCCCCUUGCCAACCGUCACUCCGAUGCCACCGACGACACCCACACCCGUCUCCUCCACGGCAACGCCUACAGUCACCUAUACCACUCCGCUAAGCACCACCACUCCCACCACCACUACACCAACCACCACGGAAACGACCACGCCUCCAUCCACAACGACCACUUCGACUACAACUCACCCCGUCACCACCACAGAAACAACCCACAGUACCGUCACGACACACACCCCACCAGCCCCCACACCCAGAACAAAGCCUUCUCCCAGCCCCACAACCAGAACAACACCAACCGCCUCACCCUCCACAACUACUAAAACCACUGUGUCCACAGAGUCGUCCACGGCCAGCACGCCAAAGACAACCCCAACCCCCACAACACCCAAACCCACCACCAAGACCACAUCUCCCUCCACCACAUCGACCUCUCACCCUACCACUCCAACCACCCCCAUCACAACCUCCACCAAAUCUACUCCAACAAGCACGCACACUCCAACUACCACAAUAUCGCCCAUCACCCCCUUGCCAACCGUCACUCCGAUGCCACCGACGACACCCACACCCGUCUCCUCCACGCCAACGCCGACAGUCACCUAUACUACUCCGCGAAGCGCCACCACUCCCACCACCACUACACCAACCACCACAGAAACGACCACGCCUCCAUCCACAAUGACCACUUCGACUACAACUCACCCCGUCACCACCACAGAAACAACCCACAGCACCGUCACGACACACACCACACCAGUCGUCCACGGCCAGCACGCCAAAGACAACCCCAACCCCCACAACACCCAAACCCACCACCAGGACCACAUCUCCCUCCACCACAUCGACCUCUCACCCUACCACUCCAACCACCCCCACCACAACCUCCACCAAAUCUACUCCAACAAGCACGCACACCCCAACUACCACAAUAUCGCCCAUCACCCCCUUGCCAACCGUCACUCCGAUGCCACCGACGACACCCACACCCGUCUCCUCCACGGCAACGCCUACAGUCACCUAUACCACUCCGCUAAGCACCACCACUCCCACCACCACUACACCAACCACCACGGAAACGACCACGCCUCCAUCCACAACGACCACUUCGACUACAACUCACCCCGUCACCACCACAGAAACAACCCACAGUACCGUCACGACACACACCCCACCAGAGUCGUCCACGGCCAGCACGCCAAAGACAACCCCAACCCCCACAACACCCAAACCCACCACCAAGACCACAUCUCCCUCCACCACAUCGACCUCUCACCCUACCACUCCAACCACCCCCAUCACAACCUCCACCAAAUCUACUCCAACAAGCACGCACACUCCAACUACCACAAUAUCGCCCAUCACCCCCUUGCCAACCGUCACUCCGAUGCCACCGACGACACCCACACCCGUCUCCUCCACGCCAACGCCGACAGUCACCUAUACUACUCCGCGAAGCGCCACCACUCCCACCACCACUACACCAACCACCACGGAAACGACCACGCCUCCAUCCACAAUGACCACUUCGACUACAACUCACCCCGUCACCACCACAGAAACAACCCACAGCACCGUCACGACACACACCACACCAGAUUUGCUAUGCCCGUGCUUUCUUAUUGCAAAGCCUUCAAAGCUCUUCCCUCUUUCUUUUCUUUUCCAGCCCCCACACCCAGAACAAAGCCUUCUCCCAGCCCCACAACCAGAACAACACCAACCGCCUCACCCUCCACAACUACUAAAACCACUGUGUCCACAGAGUCGUCCACGGCCAGCACGGCAAAGACAACCCCAACCCCCACAACACCCAAACCCACCACCAGGACCACAUCUCCCUCCACCACAUCGACCUCUCACCCUACCACUCCAACCACCCCCACCACAACCUCCACCAAAUCUACUCCAACAAGCACGCACACCCCAACUACCACAAUAUCGCCCAUCACCCCCUUGCCAACCGUCACUCCGAUGCCACCGACGACACCCACACCCGUCUCCUCCACGCCAACGCCGACAGUCACCUAUACCACUCCGCUAAGCACCUCCACUCCCACCACCACUACACCAACCACCACGGAAACAACCACGCCUCCAUCCACAACGACCACUUCGACUACAACUCACCCCGUCACCACCACAGAAACAACCCACAGCACCGUCACUACACACACCCCACCAGCCCCCACACCCAGAACAAAGCCUUCUCCCAGCCCCACAACCAGAACAACACCAACCGCCUCACCCUCCACAACUACUAAAACCACUGUGUCCACAGAGUCGUCCACGGCCAGCACGCCAAAGACAACCCCAACCCCCACAACACCCAAACCCACCACCAGGACCACAUCUCCCUCCACCACAUCGACCUCUCACCCUACCACUCCAACCACCCCUACCACAACCUCCACCAAAUCUACUCCAACAAGUACGCACACCCCAACUACCACAAUAUCGCCCAUCACCCCCUUGCCAACCGUCACUCCGAUGCCACCGACGACACCCACACCCGUCUCCUCCACGCCAACGCCGACAGUCACCUAUACCACUCCGCUAAGCACCUCCACUCCCACCACCACUACACCAACCACCACGGAAACGACCACGCCUCCAUCCACAACGACCACUUCGACCACAACUCACCCCGUCACCACCACAGAAACAACCCACAGCACCGUCACUACACACACCCCACCAGCCCCCACACCCAGAACAAAGCCUUCUCCCAGCCCCACAACCAGAACAACACCAACCGCCUCACCCUCCACAACUACUAAAACCACUGUGUCCACAGAGUCGUCCACGGCCAGCACGCCAAAGACAACCCCAACCCCCACAACACCCAAACCCACCACCAGGACCACAUCUCCCUCCACCACAUCGACCUCUCACCCUACCACUCCAACCACCCCCACCACAACCUCCACCAAAUCUACUCCAACAAGCACGCACACCCCAAUUACCACAAUAUCGCCCAUCACCCCCUUGCCAACCGUCACUCCUAUGCCAUUGACGACACCCACACCCGUCUCCUCCACGGCAACGCCGACAGUCACCUAUACCACUCCGCUAAGCACCACCACUCCCACCACCACUACACCAACCACCACGGAAACGACCACGCCUCCAUCCACAACGACCACUUCGACUACAACUCACCCCGUCACCACCACAGAAACAACCCACAGUACCGUCACGACACACACCCCACCAGCCCCCACACCCAGAAGAAAGCCUUCUCCCAGCGCCACAACCAGAACAACACCAACCGCCUCACCCUCCACAACUACUAAAACCACUGUGUCCACAGAGUCGUCCACGGCCAGCACGCCAAAGACAACCCCAACCCCCACAACACCCAAACCCACCACCAGGACCACAUCUCCCUCCACCACAUCGACCUCUCACCCUACCACUCCAACCACCCCCACCACAACCUCCACCAAAUCUACUCCAACAAGCACGCACACCCCAACUACCACAAUAUCGCCCAUCACCCCUUUGCCAACCGUCACUCCGAUGCCACCGACGACACCCACACCCGUCUCCUCCACGCCAACGCCGACAGUCACCUAUACUACUCCGCUAAGCACCACCACUCCCACCACCACUACACCAACCACCACGGAAACGACCACGCCUCCAUCCACAACGACCACUUCGACUACAACUCACCCCGUCACCACCACAGAAACAACCCACAGUACCGUCACGACACACACCCCACCAGCCCCCACACCCAGAAGAAAGCCUUCUCCCAGCCCCACAACCAGAACAACACCAACCGCCUCACCCUCCACAACUACUAAAACCACUGUGUCCACAGAGUCGUCCACGGCCAGCACGCCAAAGACAACCCCAACCCCCACAACACCCAAACCCACCACCAGGACCACAUCUCCCUCCACCACAUCGACCUCUCACCCUACCACUCCAACCACCCCCACCACAACCUCCACCAAAUCUACUCCAACAAGCACGCACACCCCAACUACCACAAUAUCGCCCAUCACCCCUUUGCCAACCGUCACUCCGAUGCCACCGACGACACCCACACCCGUCUCCUCCACGCCAACGCCGACAGUCACCUAUACUACUCCGCUAAGCACCACCACUCCCACCACCACUACACCAACCACCACGGAAACGACCACGCCUCCAUCCACAACGACCACUUCGACUACAACUCACCCCGUCACCACCACAGAAACAACCCACAGCACCGUCACGACACACACCCCACCAGCCCCCACACCCAGAACAAAGCCUUCUCCCAGCCCCACAACCAGAACAACACCAACCGCCUCACCCUCCACAACUACUAAAACCACUGUGUCCACAGAGUCGUCCACGGCCAGCACGCCAAAGACAACCCCAACCCCCACAACACCCAAACCCACCACCAGGACCACAUCUCCCUCCACCACAUCGACCUCUCACCCUACCACUCCAACCACCCCCACCACAACCUCCACCAAAUCUACUCCAACAAGCAAGCACACCCCAACUACCACAAUAUCACCCAUCACCCCCUUGCCAACCGUCACUCCGAUGCCACCGACGACACCCACACCCGUCUCCUCCACGCCAACGCCGACAGUCACCUAUACCACUCCGCUAAGCACCACCACUCCCACCACCACUACACCAACCACCACGGAAACGACCACGCCUCCAUCCACAACGACCACGUCGACUACAACUCACCCCGUCACCACCACAGGUAAGUUUUCCCAACCCAUUCAGUACCGUCAGAUGGGAAUCCCGUCCUGCUCCCCUCAUGACAUUUUUGGAAACGUUUGGACUCCCUCUAAAGCCGUUUGCACUGCUCCUCCCAAAUGGGGAACACGGGCAGGACCUCAGCCUUCACCCAACUGGUCUGAGACUCCCACAUCUCAGGACUGCAAAACAACCCACAGCACUGUCACGACACACACCCCACCAGUCGUCCACGGCCAGCACGCCAAAGACAACCCCAACCCCCACAACACCCAAACCCACCACCAGGACCACAUCUCCCUCCACCACAUCGACCUCUCACCCUACCACUCCAACCACCCCCACCACGACCUCCACCAAAUCUACUCCAACAAGCACGCACACCCCAACUACCACAAUAUCACCCAUCACCCCCUUGCCAACCGUCACUCCGAUGCCACCGACGACACCCACACCCGUCUCCUCCACGCCAACACCGGCAGUCACCUAUACCACUCCGCUAAGCACCACCACUCCCACCACCACUACACCAACCACCACGGAAACGACCACGCCUCCAUCCACAACGACCACUUCGACUACAACUCACCCCGUCACCACCACAGAAACAACCCACAGCACCGUCACGACACACACCCCACCAGAGUCGUCCACGGCCAGCACGCCAAAGACAACCCCAACCCCCACAACACCCAAACCCACCACCAGGACCACAUCUCCCUCCACCACAUCGACCUCUCACCCUACCACUCCAACCACCCCCACCACAACCUCCACCAAAUCUACUCCAACAAGCACGCACACCCCAACUACCACAAUAUCACCCAUCACCCCCUUGCCAACCGUCACUCCGAUGCCACCGACGACACCCACACCCGUCUCCUCCACGCCAACGCCGACAGUCACCUAUACCACUCCGCUAAGCACCUCCACUCCCACCACCACUACACCAACCACCACGGAAACAACCACGCCUCCAUCCACAACGACCACUUCGACUACAACUCACCCCGUCACCACCACAGAAACAACCCACAGCACCGUCACUACACACACCCCACCAGAGUCGUCCACGGCCAGCACGCCAAAGACAACCCCAACCCCCACAACACCCAAACCCACCACCAGGACCACAUCUCCCUCCACCACAUCGACCUCUCACCCUACCACUCCAACCACCCCCACCACAACCUCCACCAAAUCUACUCCAACAAGCACGCACACCCCAACUACCACAAUAUCACCCAUCACCCCCUUGCCAACCGUCACUCCGAUGCCACCGACGACACCCACACCCGUCUCCUCCACGCCAACGCCGACAGUCACCUAUACCACUCCGCUAAGCACCACCACUCCCACCACCACUACACCAACCACCACGGAAACGACCACGCCUCCAUCCACAACGACCACGUCGACUACAACUCACCCCGUCACCACCACAGAAACAACCCACAGCACCGUCACGACACACACCCCACCAGAGUCGUCCACGGCCAGCACGCCAAAGACAACCCCAACCCCCACAACACCCAAACCCACCACCAGGACCACAUCUCCCUCCACCACAUCGACCUCUCACCCUACCACUCCAACCACCCCCACCACGACCUCCACCAAAUCUACUCCAACAAGCACGCACACCCCAACUACCACAAUAUCACCCAUCACCCCCUUGCCAACCGUCACUCCGAUGCCACCGACGACACCCACACCCGUCUCCUCCACGCCAACGCCGACAGUCACCUAUACCACUCCGCUAAGCACCACCACUCCCACCACCACUACACCAACCACCACGGAAACGACCACGCCUCCAUCCACAACGACCACUUCGACUACAACUCACCCCGUCACCACCACAGAAACAACCCACAGCACCGUCACGACACACACCCCACCAGAGUCGUCCACGGCCAGCACGCCAAAGACAACCCCAACCCCCACAACACCCAAACCCACCACCAGGACCACAUCUCCCUCCACCACAUCGACCUCUCACCCUACCACUCCAACCACCCCCACCACAACCUCCACCAAAUCUACUCCAACAAGCACGCACACCCCAACUACCACAAUAUCACCCAUCACCCCCUUGCCAACCGUCACUCCGAUGCCACCGACGACACCCACACCCGUCUCCUCCACGCCAACGCCGACAGUCACCUAUACCACUCCGCUAAGCACCACCACUCCCACCACCACUACACCAACCACCACGGAAACGACCACGCCUCCAUCCACAACGACCACGUCGACUACAACUCACCCCAUCACCACCACAGAAACAACCCACAGCACCGUCACGACACACACCCCACCAGAUUUGCUACGCCCGUGCUUUCUUAUUGCAAAGCCUUCAAAGCUCUUCACUCUUUCUUUUCUUUUCCAGCCCCCACACCCAGAAGAAAGCCUUCUCCCAGCCCCACAACCAGAACAACACCAACCGCCUCACCCUCCACAACUACUAAAACCACUGUGUCCACAGAGUCGUCCACGGCCAGCACGCCAAAGACAACCCCAACCCCCACAACACCCAAACCCACCACCAGGACCACAUCUCCCUCCACCACAUCGACCUCUCACCCUACCACUCCAACCACCCCCACCACGACCUCCACCAAAUCUACUCCAACAAGCACGCACACCCCAACUACCACAAUAUCACCCAUCACCCCCUUGCCAACCGUCACUCCGAUGCCACCGACGACACCCACACCCGUCUCCUCCACGCCAACACCGACAGUCACCUAUACCACUCCGCUAAGCACCACCACUCCCACCACCACUACACCAACCACCACGGAAACGACCACGCCUCCAUCCACAACGACCACUUCGACUACAACUCACCCUGUCACCACCACAGAAACAACCCACAGCACCGUCACGACACACACCCCACCAGCCCCCACACCCAGAACAAAGCCUUCUCCCAGCCCCACAACCAGAACAACACCAACCGCCUCACCCUCCACAACUACUAAAACCACUGUGUCCACAGAGUCGUCCACGGCCAGCACGCCAAAGACAACCCCAACCCCCACAACACCCAAACCCACCACCAGGACCACAUCUCCCUCCACCACAUCGACCUCUCACCCUACCACUCCAACCACCCCCACCACAACCUCCACCAAAUCUACUCCAACAAGCACGCACACCCCAACUACCACAAUAUCACCCAUCACCCCCUUGCCAACCGUCACUCCGAUGCCACCGACGACACCCACACCCGUCUCCUCCACGCCAACGCCGACAGUCACCUAUACCACUCCGCUAAGCACCACCACUCCCACCACCACUACACCAACCACCACGGAAACGACCACGCCUCCAUCCACAACGACCACGUCGACUACAACUCACCCCGUCACCACCACAGAAACAACCCACAGCACCGUCACGACACACACCCCACCAGCCCCCACACCCAGAAGAAAGCCUUCUCCCAGCCCCACAACCAGAACAACACCAACCGCCUCACCCUCCACAACUACUAAAACCACUGUGUCCACAGAGUCGUCCACGGCCAGCACGCCAAAGACAACCCCAACCCCCACAACACCCAAACCCACCACCAGGACCACAUCUCCCUCCACCACAUCGACCUCUCACCCUACCACUCCAACCACCCCCACCACAACCUCCACCAAAUCUACUCCAACAAGCACGCACACCCCAACUACCACAAUAUCACCCAUCACCCCCUUGCCAACCGUCACUCCGAUGCCACCGACGACACCCACACCCGUCUCCUCCACGCCAACGCCGACAGUCACCUAUACCACUCCGCUAAGCACCACCACUCCCACCACCACUACACCAACCACCACGGAAACGACCACGCCUCCAUCCACAACGACCACUUCGACUACAACUCACCCUGUCACCACCACAGAAACAACCCACAGCACCGUCACUACACACACCCCACCAGCCCCCACACCCAGAACAAAGCCUUCUCCCAGCCCCACAACCACAACAACACCAACCGCCUCACCCUCCACAACUACUAAAACCACUGUGUCCACAGAGUCCACGGCCAGCACGCCAAAGACAACCCCAACCCCCACAACAUCCAAACCCACCACCAAGACCACGUCUGCCUCCACCACAUCGACCUCUCACCCUACCACUCCAACCACCCCCACCACAACCUCCACCAAAUCUACUCCAACAAGCACGCACACCCCAACUACCACAAUAUCGCCCAUCACCCCCUUGCCAACCGUCACUCCGAUGCCACCGACGACACCCACACCCGUCUCCUCCAUGCCAACGCCGACAGUCACCUAUACUACUCUGCUAAGCACCACCACUCCCACCACCACUACACCAACCACCACGGAAACGACCACGCCUCCAUCCACAACGACCACUUCGACUACAACUCACCCCGUCACCACCACAGAAACAACCCACAGCACCGUCACGACACACACCCCACCAGCCCCCACACCCAGAACAAAGCCUUCUCCCAGCCCCACAACCAGAACAACACCAACCGCCUCACCCUCCACAACUACUAAAACCACUGUGUCCACAGAGUCCAUGGCCAGCACGCCAAAGACAACCCCAACCCCCACAACAUCCAAACCCACCACCAAGACCACGUCUCCCUCCACCACAUCAACCUCUCACCCUACCACUCCAACCACCCCCACCACAACCUCCACCAAAUCUACUCCAACAAGCACGCACACCCCAACUACCACAAUAUCGCCCAUCACCCCCUUGCCAACCGUCACUCCGAUGCCACCGACAACACCCACACCCGUCUCCUCCACGCCAACGCCGACAGUCACCUAUACUACUCCGCUAAGCACCACCACUCCCACCACCACUACACCAACCACCACGGAAACGACCACGCCUCCAUCCACAACGACCACUUCGACUACAACUCACCCCGUCACCACCACAGAAACAACCCACAGCACCGUCACGACACACACCCCACCAGCCCCCACACCCAGAAGAAAGCCUUCUCCCAGCCCCACAACCAGAACAACACCAACCGCCUCACCCUCCACAACUACUAAAACCACUGUGUCCACAGAGUCGUCCACGGCCAGCACGCCAAAGACAACCCCAACCCCCACAACACCCAAACCCACCACCAGGACCACAUCUCCCUCCACCACAUCGACCUCUCACCCUACCACUCCAACCACCCCCACCACAACCUCCACCAAAUCUACUCCAACAAGCACGCACACCCCAACUACCACAAUAUCACCCAUCACCCCCUUGCCAACCGUCACUCCGAUGCCACCGACGACACCCACACCCGUCUCCUCCACGCCAACGCCGACAGUCACCUAUACUACUCCGCUAAGCACCACCACUCCCACCACCACUACACCAACCACCACAGAAACGACCACACCUCCAUCCACAACGACAACUUCGACUACAACUCACCCCGUCACCACCACAGGUAAGUUUUCCCAACUGACUCAAAAUUGUCAGAUGUGUACAUGCUCAUGGUGUAGAUUUUGCUUUCUUGUUGACUUCAUCUCCCUAUCUUUUGUCUUUACUUCUACAGUCAGCAGUACAAGAAUAUCUUCAAGUACUCAUGUCUCUUCCACUUCAAAAAUUACUUUAUCUUCAAGCACCUCAAAGGCCACUUCUACAUCCACUUGGUCUCCUUCCACUUUUACCAUUUCAAAACCUACAACCUUUCCUCCUCAGCCUGUGCAACAUCCUACCACUACUUCUGCACCUACCUCUGUUGAAUCUACUUCAGUUGGGACUCACACUGCAACCACCACUAUCAGUCUCAGUACCUCAAGUUUCCCUACUAGUAUCAGCACCUUUAAGACAACCAUAUCGAGUAUCCCUACAUUUUCAGUGCCUAUAACUGCCACCUCUACAACCACCAGCUCUCCAUUAAGUACACUCACCUCCAUAACUACUGCAUCUACCGCUCCUACUACCUCCGCUCCACCUUCUACUACUAUGGCUACUACAACCAUCAACUCUACUAGUGCAAUUACGAAAACUACUGCGACCGUUCCAACACAAUCCCCUACAGUUCCUUCGCCUAUCCACACUACCAAAUCUACUGCUCCAACAACUAUAGCUCAAACCACUGUUGCUCCAAGCUCAACACCACCAUCAGGCCCAUGUCAUGCUAUUGAGUAUGACGACCAAGUAGUCUACAAGGGCUGUGUUGCAAAUGUCACAUUGACACGCUGCGCAGGAUUGUGCCCAUCAACCGCCACACCGAAUCUUGCCACGAUGACGGUAGACAUGGAAUGUGGGUGCUGCAUGCCACAAACAUUCUACAGGAAGGAAUUCAAGAUGCCUUGCCCAGACCCAGAUGACCCACUGAAGCCACUUGUUAAAGAAAUCAUCAUAUUUGGUGACUGUGUCUGCAACUUCGAUAAAUGUAAACACUAGCCAUGCCUAAUUAUGCUGAUCAUGAAAGGAUAUUUCUAGAGGAAACCAACAACAACCAAAUUAUGACUUAUGCUGCCAGAAGCAUAAAUAUCCAAACUCUGGGAAGGCAAGCAGGGCAUACUCACCAGAAGACCGAUACAGAUAACUUGCUAUGUUAACUUAUUCGUUAUUUUGGGAGUGCGAAGAUGAAGGAAAUAACUGAUAUUUUCAUAAGUUUUUUGCCAAAGUAAUGUCUACUUUUAUAUUGUAAAAUAGUUAAUAGGAUUAAUAAAGAGAUUAGCUAGUCAUUCUGA